GUCUGGUUACGCGAGAGGCUUUGGGAAUUCCCCAGGAAAACACCUACGCAAACACACGGCCUUUUCUGGACAAACUGGGCAACAGUAAGCCGCUCACAAGGUGAGCAAUCUGUAGUUUUAUAAUGCUCCGGACAUGGAGGGAAUCUGAGGCUCGUGCGACAGCGCUUGCCGCUGUUGUUUGGGAAUUUGUCCAGAAAGAGCUCAUCUUGUUCCCCUAAAAACAAUCCUUCUGGAUAGAAGCGAAAACGGCGCAAGCAGAUAGCUGUUGGUCAAGAAAACAGUUUCUCUUAUUACAGCUGACAUCAUUUAAACGGGAGAUUCAUAUAUAAAUGGAGGGGACGCAAGAUAUUCACGGUGAAUCCCGAAGACAGAAUGCACGGCCUGGACCGAGCUACACUAUGGAGAAACGGGUCGCCGUGGACGCUGUUGCGGAGGACUGGUGUGACAGCGGGCUAGACUCUUUAAGCGGGGUCGGACUCGGUUUUGAGGGUCCCUACGGCACUUACACAGAGGCCGAGCAGAUGUGGGCACCUGAUCGAUCUAUGUCUAUGUCUCACAUACCUGACAAGUCGGACGAGUCCGACAACAGGGGCACCAUGGACUGCGUGUCGAUAGGCGGCGGAGAGAGGCUCGACUCUGCCAUCGGGGACUCGAUUAAUGAGGAUGCGGUGGUGGGGUGUCUCUCCGACGGGAUCGGCACCAUGAUCCUAAGCGAGCCCGCGGGAACAGACAGGCUGGCGGUCUCGGACACCGAGGAGGGUCGGCAGCGGAGAGAAGAACUCUUCAACACGCUCAACUUUCUGUCAGAGGACGGUGACACGGUACUUCAUUUGGCGCUGAUUCAUGAGCAGUGGGGUGUUGUUCAGUGCCUGCUUGAAGAAAUUGUGGUGGACAAGACCUGGACUCCUUAUCUGCACAUCCAAAAUGACCUGGGCCAGACCGCUCUACAUUUGGCAGUCAUAGUAGACCGGAGCGAGUGUGUUCGGGCGCUGUUGUGGAGUGGAGCCAGUGUUGAGAUCCAAGAGAGGGGCGGCAACACACCUUUACACCUGGCUGUCCGAGAGCUUCGCACAGAGUGUGUGAGAGAGCUCACCACCUGCCCACGGACCCCACCGGAGCACCUCAGCAUCACCAAUUAUUCAGGUGUUAGUGCACUGCACCUGGCUGUACAUCGGGGCAAUAUUGAUAUCAUCAAAAUGCUAUUGGAGGCAGGAGCAGAUGCCAAUCAACGAGAUUUGGGGUCAGGUCGGUCUCCAUUGCACUGGGCAGUGGAAGGUCAAAGGUCAGAGGUAGUGGAUUUGUUAUUGAGCGCCGGCGCAUUGGUGAAUCAGCGCUCGUAUGCAGGCCACACCCCGUACUACUGUGCCCUUUACAGACCCAACAAAGAGGUGCAGGCCCUACUUAGUGCCCAUGGGGCCACAUACAUACAGGGCGAUGAUGAAGAGGAGGAGUACAGAGAGAGUGAAGAGGAGGAGUUUGAUGAUGUCAUCAUUAAUGGACAGCGAGUGUUGUAGCUGUAAAAAAAAACAUGGACACUACUCUGCCAUUGAUUAGACCCUUUGAAAUCCAGCUGAACAAUUGUGGCAUCUGAGUGUAUUUGGUGGAGGCUAUUAUGUGUGUCUGUGUGUAUAUUUUGUUUUAAGGUACAGUAUGAUGUCAGUAUGCUGCUUCUGGUUCAAUGGAAUACAUAGCUAGAUUCUGUUAGUCAUGGAGGACCUUAGUUAUUUAAGCCUGACAUCACGCAAAGCCUUUUCAAAGCUAUAACAAUGGAGGCAGCUUUUUAUUUAGUAAAACCUCUCACUGGCUCAUCUUGUGUGUGGUCUAAAAUGGUAGUUUACCUAAAGAUGAAUAACCUGCUAUCAUUUACUCACCCUUAUGAUGUUUCAAACUUGUAUGAGUUUCUCUCUUCUGGGGAAGAUAGUUUUUUGCACACAGAAAAUGACAAUGACGAGUCCAAUGUUGUUUGGACAAUAUAUCAAAUCUUUUUUUGUGUUCGACAGAAGAAAUGAACGUCAUAAAGGUUUGGAACGACAUGAGGAGGAGUAAAUUAUGGAUGAUAUAAUUUUAGGGUGAACUAUCGCUUUAAGAGCCAAAUUUCCUGGAUGAUAACCGACACCUUAGGCUGCGUGCCAUGCAAGUAGCAUGGCUGUGAUACUCCCACUAGUGGGUAGAUUCGUUAUGUCCACAACAUGACAAUAGUGGCUUGCUUUCUUUAUUUUUAAAACUAAAUUAUUAGCCAGAUUUAGCUGCGAAAAUCUUGAAGAGAAAAUGAAUGGUUUUUAAUAAACUGCUUUACUUACUAUUACUGUUAAACCAACUAUUGGCUGUGUUUUUUGCGUGGAAUGUCACUGUUUUCAUAGUGACGUCCCAAUUGUCUUGUGUGUUUAGAGUGGAGAGUGUUUUUCUUCUUUUUUUUCCCCCACAUAUAUGGGUGUUGGGGUUGAAAUAGGUGACAAGAGGUGGAUAUCUGAAUUCGGAGAUGGAUAGUAGGUCCGACAGCGAGUAUAAACGAAAUGGAUAAAAAUUACAGACGUUACAGAAUUCUACAGUACAAAUGGCAACAAAUUCAAAACUGGAUGUACAGAAAUAGAAUUAGAGCUAAAUUCUUGAUCUAAAGAUGUUCAUACUCAACUAAACGCUUACAGUUGUAUUAUUUGAACUGUGAAGCAUCUAACAAACAUUCCAAAUUACAUGAAACGCAUGACAACACAAUUACUUUUUUGUCUUAUUAAAGCAUCUUAAAAUAUAUUUGAAAUAUAAUAUAAAAUACAGUAUAAUAUAAAAAAUAUAUAUGUCUGACAGACUGUUUUGUUUUCAAUUGUUACAAAAGUGGAGAAUGAUCUCCAUUCACUCACUCAUACAUGCUAUUGGGGCAUUAUGGUUGAGGACAUCUACAGUCACCUGUUUAUAGGCCAAUUUCACAUUUUCUGUUUGUUGGGGUGAGCACGAAAAGUUUCUCGAUGAUUGGUGCCCUCUGUUGGUAAUACAGACACUCCUUUGGAAAUCAGGGCUCCUAAUCGACUGGUACUUGUCCUCUGUGAGUUGACUGUAUAAUGUUGAGCAGAUGUCCUGUUUUAAAUUACAAGGUUAAUGAUUAUUCAUUCAUUGAGAAUAUGCCAUUCUAGAUGUAAAAAGAGAGAGGAGGGAGUAAUUAAACAAGUGUAGCCAUGUCUUAAACAAUGAGAGGUACGGUUGAUUUUAGGGGAAGCUGGAUUUGCAUUUGAAUAUUUCUAAUCCAUGUAUAAACAAACAUACUGCAGACAGAGUGAUGUAUUUGUCCUCUCAUCUGUACAUAUUUAUGUGUACUUGGUGAUGGGUGAAAUGACUGAAAAGCUCUUAGAAACCAUUCAAAUGGACAAUAAACAAUAAUGACGAUAA